GUCAAUCAAACGUUAAUAAAGAAUUAUUAUAAUUAUAAUUAAUAUUUGUCUCUAGUUUAAUGCUUUAUUUUAUAAAUUAUGGAAGAAAUAAAAGUGACAAAUAUAUGCAGGGCAUGUAUGUGUACAGAUGGAGCAAUGAAACCGAUGUUUAUAUCUGAAAAUCUAACACCAGCCUUAGCUAAUAUGCUUAUGUCUUGUACAAAUAUCCCAAUUUCUGAAUUAGAUGGGUUGCCUGGACAAAUUUGCGAAGGAUGUGAAAUUUCAUUACACUCAGCUUUUUUGUUUAAACAACAAUGUGAAAGAUCUGAUGUAGAAUUGAGAAAAGUGUUUGGAAAUACGGAGAAUGUUUUAGAAGAUAAACAAAUCAAGGAUGAGCCUAUCACAGAACCUAUUGAUUUCGAUUUACUAAAACCUAAAAUCGAAAUUGAAAUGGAUGCUGAAGAAUUCUUAGAAGGUGUGGAAGCCACCGAUGAUUUGGAAGAAACAGAACUGGAAAUUCCCCAUAGGCGCAGGGGCAGAAAAAAAUUAACCAAUGAUUUUUCUUGCGAUAUCUGUGGAAAAAUCUUUGAUAAGCUUUAUCGUUUGCAAAGGCAUUUAAAUGUUCAUAAUUCAGAAGGAAAACCUUUUGAGUGCACAAUAUGUUAUCAACGUUUUGUUAGAGAAGAUUUAUUGAUAAGACAUAGAAUAAAACAUUCAGAAUUAAUGUCUAAAAAUUUCAAUUCUGAAGAUAUAAAAGAAAUAUAUAAGUGCUCAGAGUGUGAUAGAGUAUUCAGGAAGCAGGAGUCUCUUUCAGCACACAUGCAAAAGCACAAAAAUGAAGAACCUCAGAGUUAUGAAUGUACCGAGUGCGAAAGAACUUUUACUAAAGCAAGCCAUUUAUCACGGCAUAUGAAAAUACAUGGCAAUGUUAAGCCUCAUAAAUGUCAGUUGUGCCCAAAAUCAUUUGCUCUUGGUGGUCAACUAAUAGAUCAUAUGAAUAAACAUAAUGGUAUUAAGCCACAUGUUUGCCCAGAGUGUGGAAAAGGUUUUCAGCAAUCUUGUACUUUAAAAGAUCAUUUACGAACGCACAGUGGGGAGGCGCCAUUCCUAUGCUCUGAAUGCGGUAAAGCUUUUAAUAACAGCAGUAACUUACGACAACAUUUAGUUCGACAUUCAGGUUUAAAGCCUUUUGCAUGUUCACAGUGUCCAUCACGAUUUGCAAGCAAAGGGGGCUUAACAUCACACGAAGUUACACAUACAGGUGCUAAACCUUAUAUUUGUGAUACAUGCGGCUCAGGUUUUACAAAACCCUAUAGUCUUGUUAAGCAUAAACGUAUUCAUACAGGAGAGAAACCUUAUGCAUGUGAAGUAUGUUCGAUGAGUAUAGUAAAAGGUCUUGUAACUCUUCAACACAAUGGAAGGCUUCUAAUUGAAGCAGAUUAAGAAAUUCUUCAUCAAUUUCCUCACUGUCUUCAUCCACAUUUGAAUUCUCCAAUUCAUCUGAUUUCUUUUCCAGGCUGGAAACAGCAUCUUGAGCUAUAAUAAACAAAUAUGUUGAUUAUUAAUCAUAAACGAAAAAUCUUCACUGGAAUGCACAGUCAUAUUUGGUUUU